AUGAACUGGGGGAUCUUCGAGGGACUCCUGAGUGGGGUCAACAAGUACUCCACAGCCUUUGGGCGCAUCUGGCUCUCUCUGGUCUUCAUCUUCCGUGUCCUGGUGUACUUGGUGACUGCUGAGCGUGUGUGGAGUGAUGAUCACAAGGAUUUUGACUGCAACACCCGUCAGCCUGGAUGCUCCAACGUCUGCUUCGAUCAGUUCUUCCCUGUGUCACAUGUGCGCCUCUGGGCCCUACAGCUCAUCAUGGUCACGUGCCCCUCACUGCUGGUGGUUAUGCACGUGGCCUACCGAGAGGCUCGGGAAAAGAAGCACCGAGAGGUAGCGGGGGAGGGCAGUCGCCUUUACUUGGACCCUGGCAAGAAGAGGGGUGGGCUUUGGUGGACAUAUGUCUGCAGCCUGGUAUUCAAGGCUGGUGUGGAUGUCACCUUCCUCUAUGUGUUCCAUUCAUUCUACCCCAAGUAUACCCUCCCUCCUGUUGUCAAGUGCCAUGUGGCUCCAUGUCCCAACACUGUGGACUGCUUUAUCUCCAAACCCUCAGAGAAGAACAUCUUCACACUCUUUAUGGUGGUCACAGCCAUCAUCUGCAUCCUACUCAACCUUGUAGAGCUUGGGUACCUCGUUAGCAAGAGAUGCCACGAGUGUCUGGCAGCCAGGAGAGCCCGGGCCCCAUGCAUGGAGCAUCACCCAGACCCUGUCACUUCUUCCUGCAAGCAGAAUGACCUCCUCUCGGGUGACCUCAUCUUUCUGGGUUCAGACACUUACCCUCCUCUCUUAUCAGACCGCCCUCGGGACCACGUGAAGAAAACCAUACUGUGA